AUGCAGAGUUGGUGUCCCAAAUGUGAUGUGGAACCCAAUAACCUGGAUGGUGAAGGGGCUUGGCUAUGUACUCAGACCAAGACUGAGGCCUUGAUCAUGUGUUUCAAUCCUGGGAUCCUUUGGACUGACUAUGGAACUCGUGCUAAUGUUCCUUUCACCAACAAAUUCCUGCAAGCAGACAUCCAUGAGAUCCUCAGUUCGGACCUCUUACACCAGGUUUUCAAAGGAACGUUCAAGGAUCACGUUGUCACCUGGAUUGUGGAAUAUCUGGUGAUAGCACACGUAGUGAAACCAGGGCAGGGAAUCAUUGGAGCGAUAUCCCGCUCCACCUAUGCCUGCAGUUUACAUAGAACAUUUGAGUCUUCCAUUUGGGCGAAGCGUAGCACAGUUUUCGCACCCAGUGAUCUGUGCAAUGCCAGCAGAAUGUAUUGUGAGGGAUUUGAAUAG